GAUAACUUCUUCAGUAGCUAGGUAAUAAAAUCGUACUAUUGUAAAGUGGGAUAAUUAAAAUGACGGAACAAAUAAAGUUUAUUGUGAAGGAAUUGAAUGCAAAUCUUGGUCGGAACUAUGACCUAAUAAAGUUCGACGCCUUGAACGAGAAGCAAUUGCUACAGCUGUUGGUCGACUUGCUCGUCAAUUACAACGCUGGUGAAAGGCUUGAUAUUAAUGAAGACGAAACUGAAACAGUUUCAAUGCGACUUCUCGAGAUGUUGGGAAGUGUGAAAUACCGUCCACCGGCCAACGUCGAGCCGGCUUAUUUUAGGACGCAGCUGUUAGCAGGUGAUUCUCGGACCAUACACCACGUGUUGCACUGGCUGCUAACUAAUAAAGAACAAGUUAAGAAUACAGCUUAUCUCGCUAAAUAUUUGAAAAUUCCUGACAUACCGACUGAAGUGGCUCGAAACAACACUAUUCAGGACAUGUUAGAUUUAUACCAAAACCUGAUAGAUGAAUUCAAGGACGUACAUAAGAGAACAAGAAUGUUGAGGAAAGAGAGCGCAACGGAAAUUAUUAAUGAUAUAAAGGAAAUGGCCGUAGAAAGAGACAUUGUGAUAAAACGUUUAGAAAAUGUUCAAGUAAAUUUAAUUGACGUAAGUAAUAAGGAGGAAUUGCUGAAUGUGAGUAAAGCAUUAAGAUUUCAGCAAGAAAAGGCUAAGGAAUUGGAUAGUCAGUAUGAGAUACAACAAUCACAAUUGAAGUUAGCUUCAGAUCAAUUGAAAAGAUAUUUGAAUGUUAUUCACGGACAAAGUGCUACUCCAAAAUCAGCACAUGAAGCUAUUAAACACCUGCAAGAAGAAAUUCAGCUCAAUAGUUAUCUCGUAAAAGAAAAGCUACCUCAAGAGAUGGCGAAUCUUCAGAAAGAAUUAAACAUAAUGCAAACGAUUGCUGUGGAGCACCACCCGACGCGGUCCGAUCUCGUAUUGGUACAAGAUAAGAUAGCUGUUGUAAACGGUGAACUCGAGCAAUUGGUCCAACGUCGACUGGCUGCUGCCGGACCUCAAGAGGACAAAUUAGCGCCAUUUCGCCAGCAAGCUGCUGUAAUACGACGUAAUAAGGAUGCAAGUGCCGCACGCGUGCAUGAGCUCGCUGCCACGCUCAAAGAACACGAGGCUACCCUCGCUGAUCUACAGUCGCAAGUUAGGCAGCUCCUGGGAGAUACAGUACUUAGAGGGGAAGAAUUGAAAAAAUAUGUCAAUUCAUUACGCACAAAAAGUACUGUCUAUAAACGGCAGCGUGCGAAUCUUUCUACGUUCAAGGUCGAGGCUGGAAUUUUGGCCAGAACUUUACAUAUAAUCAGUACAAAUGACCCUACAGUUGAAAUGGCAUUACUGAAUCACAAAAAGUUAAAAAUUGAGGACGAUCAAGCUACGGAUAACGAUGAAAUAAAAUCGGCAGACUUAAAGAAGAAAUCAUUACAUGAUUUGUCUCAGUUGGUUGCACAAACUGCACAAAAAUUAUCGCAAGUACGCCAAGAAAUUCAACCGCUUGCAGACAAAAUAAAACCAGUAAAAGAGGAAUUUCAGUCAGUUCAACAGCAAUAUGAACAAAAGAAGCGGGUGUAUGAAGCGACUUCUAUAAAUAUAACGUCACAAAUGGAACCCCUCAAGAAUCAAGUGAAGGAGUUGACUGACCAGUUGAGCAAUAAAGAGGAUGAAUGGAAAAACUUGAGGCAAAAAAUUACCAAAGCGGAAAGUUUGCAAGAAGUUGUGAUGUUUGAAAUGAAAAAUUCUAUGCAGUCUCCUAGGAAACCGUCUAAAAUGGAAGCAUUGAAGAAAAAAGUUGUUGAUGUGGAACAUAUAGUGAAGAAUUUGGAGGAGGAACAACGUGUGAUUAGUUCUCGACAAGGGGAGGUCGAGGAGCAGACCAAGCUGUGGGAGAACACGCUGCAACUGUUGAGAUGUAAGGCGCGAGCACGCAACGAACCUGCUGUGCGCCAGGGUCGUAUGCAUAUAACUCAGCAUUCACAAAUGCUGACACUAACCUGAAUGUCUAAUUUAUAUAUAUUUGCUUCAAAAUAAUAGCACUUUUGUAAUAGAUAGCAAUCACGAAAUUUUAAAAUAUCGUUAUCUUAUUAUAUGUACGCGGAUAAUUCAACUCUG